GAGUAAUUCACACAUGUGUGCAACCGACUGCAGUUCUGAAUUUCUUACCCACUUCAUUUUUGACUAGGCGACCAGCUUGACACCUGCGGCUGGCGCAAUCCUGCACAACAAGAUGAACAUGUUGCACUUCACAACUGCGCCCUGCCAGUAGUAACAGUCUUGCGGGCUUCCUCUGAACGCCCUCGCAAGCCCCGCUCGUGAACCAGUACCGGCGUCGCCAUGGCUACCUGUAACGCAUUAUAGUCGUUUCUUGUUUGAGACAAAGGGGAGUGGAGAGGAGCGAGGGAGUGCGCACAUCGGUCUUGCUCUGAAAUACAAGUCGUCAAAACCAUGGCAGCACAGGUUUCAGACGGACUGCUGUACUCCUUCACGCCAGGCACGCGCACAGGCACUCCUCCGAGUGCCACCUCUGGUUCUCCGCUCGUUAGUCCACGCCGGCUGCGCACCCCGUCAUCCGCGGGCGAUGGCUGCGGGAAUCCUGAAGACAGCACGGAUGCCCUUCAGCUCAGCCCUCGCUCCACAAGCAUCCUGAACCUCCCCGGCCGGCCUCCCGGCAUGGGUGGGGGCUUCGGCGGCGGCCUCGAGCGGCCGGCCACCAGCGGUGGGCUGGCCGACCGCGUCAACAGCGCCGGUCGGCAGAGCAUGUCCGGCCUCCCCUCAUCCAGCACCGUCAGCACCAGCAUGCCGUCGCUGCCACCGGGCGGAGGCGGCAGCAUGCGCAUGCGGCACAGCAUUGCCGGCAGCGGCCCCGGGCUUGGGCUGCCCAAGCUGGAUCUGCCACCCGCUAUGGGCGGGCCGGGCGGCGCCGGUGGUGGCGGUGGCGGCGGCGGCGGUAGCAGCAUGUUGGCAGGCGCAGGCCGGCGGCAGUCAGUUCCCGGGUCGGGCCUGGGGUCCGACAUGCUCUCCAUCUCCAUGGACCUGCCGCCCUUCCCGGGCACUGCAGCCGAUGGCACCGCCGGAAUCCCACAGGCCGGGCUGUCGCCACGGACGCUGCUGGCGCCCCUGCGGCCACCCACCGCGUCCACGCCGCUCAGCGCAGGACCGUUCGGCGGGCCCAGCGGCGCCGCCGGCGCCACCGCGGCGUUCCUUGAGGCCGCGGCGAGCAGCACUAGCACCGAUACGCCCCUCGGCAGCACUGGGCGGCGCCGCUCCAGUGUCAACGGCGGCAUCAUGGAGGCCGGCUCCAUGCCGCUCCUGACCGUGAACGACCUGGUCGCAACGCCGCCCCUGACCUCCGCAGUGUCGCACGGCGGCACCUGCACGCUCUCGCCGCGGCGCUCACAAAGCCUGUCAAUAGUGGGCGAUAGCGUUGGUAGCGGCGGAGCUGGGCUGGGCGGCGAGCGGGGCAGCGGCGGUGUGCUGGAACACAGCGCCAUCACCGCCGCCACGCUUCUGAGCGAGGUGAAUGACGACCUCCAGCGGGCGGCGGGGGCGCUGCAGGCACUGCACACGCCGGCCUGCAGGCCCCGCUCCGCGGCAUCGCCCGGCGGCGCAGCCGCCGCCGCCGCUGCUGCGGCUGCGGAGAUGACGACUUCGCAGCUGAGCGCCUUGUCCAGCUCGGCGCCGGAGCUGCACACCGAGCUGCGCAGCUCGCUGCGGCGCGCGUUCCAGGUCAUGCGGCAGGAGCUGGGCGGAGCAAGAGGCGGGGGCAGCGCCGGCGGCGGCGGGGGUGGCGGUGGCUCGGCGGCGGCGCGGCAGCUGAGCGGCUGCGUGCAUGAGUGCUGGGCGACGCUGGACGCUUUCCUGGAGGGCACUGCAGAGCUGACCAACAUGCUCGUGAAUGGGCUGCUGGCGACGCGGGCGGCAGCGGCGGCGGCUGGGUCUGGGGGCGGCGGCAGCAAGCAGCCGCAUCGCUCGGCCAGCCGUGUGGCUGAGAGCGAGCGGCUGGCGGACGCGCAGGAGGAGGCGGAGGGACUGCGGAACACAAAUUGCACCCUUCGGCGGCAGCUGGAGGAGAUGCGCGGCCGCCUGGCGGAGGCGGAGGUGUUGGCGGAGGCGGCUGAGGCGCGCGCCACCACAGCUGAGGCGCGUGCAGCCGCUAUAGAGGCGGAGCUGGCAGGCAGUGGCGGCGGCGCGGGUGGGGCCUCGGCAGGCCCACGGCCGCCAGGGGCCGCGCCCAUGGCGUCUCCGCCCACCUCUGAGCGAGCAGUUGGCGUAUCCCCAAGGCGGGGACUGCACGCACGGGACCGGCGGCCCGACUCAGCCAGCAGCAACGGCAGCGCCGGACCUGCGGGUGCCAGCGGCGGCGGCGCGGACGACGGGCCGUCUCCGUCGCCGCCUCAGAAGCUGUUUGACCGUGUGGGCACAGCGCAGCGGGGGCAGCACCGGGCCGAGGUGGUGAUUGAGGAGAACGACGAGGAGGAGGAGGACUGGGCCGUGUCGCCCUCCAGCCCCGAGGGGCGCCGCCGCAUGCUCACCAUGCACACAGCCUCGUUCGCGGAGUGGGUGCGAGAAACCAAUAGCCGGCGGCAACCUGGGCACCCAGGGCAGGGGCGGUGAGGCGGGAGAGGAGGCUGGAUAACCCUGCAUGCAGUGUUGGGUGGUGCUAGAUAGGGGGUGGGACUUGGCGAUGCGUGCCACAUGGGACGGGCGAGAGUGAGUUUGACUCCGCGGCGGGCAGAACGGCGGUGACGAGCACGAACGUCAAGGCAGCAGUGGCUGCGGAUCGUGGCGCAGAGAGGCAGUGGCGCCACAGCACCGGACGUGCACCGAAGGCAGUGAGCCGGCGGGCUAACGUGAGAGAGGUGACCACAGACUUAGAUACGGGUGCAAAAUUAGGCAGGGAGAUAAACGCACGCAGGGUUGAUGGAAGGUAUGCACAUGUUUCUUUUACAAACGAAGUGGGCGCCAAUCGAGUGAGUACAUAUUUGCGGUCAAUGGACCUAUACACCUUGCCAACGACACGACGUGUCACAAACGCAUUGGGCGAAGGCGGUCCCGUCACUGGAUGGGGCCGCUCCGUGCGGGUGGGGCGCGGUGCCUGGACGACGGGGGGGGGGGCUGAGGACCCAGGUUACCCUGGAGACCAGGAGCAGAUGAAAAGGCAGCGGACAAGUAAAUACGGUACAGAAAUACGAUGCGAAGAGGCAGCUGUGUGGCGGUGUGUGGUAGUAAGGCACGUAGGCCAGCGACAAUUGUACAGAGGCGGCGCAUAAGCCCGCGCGCUGGCGCGAAUCUCCAAUUGUGAUCAUGGAGGGAAGCGGAGGGGACCGUUUGGUUGCCGGCAUGUCCAGGCGCCAUGCUGCGCGACACGCCCGUACUUGGUGGCUGCUGCAGAGACACGUGUCCGAGACUUGUAAUGCGGCAUUGCG